AUGUUGAAAGUGGUUGGAAAUUAUUGCAGUGACACAAGUCUUCAUGGCUUUAUUUACAUCACUCAGUCAACCCGUCACAAAAUCGAAAGAAUCUUCUGGUCAAUUGCUAUUUUUGCAUCAUUUAUUCAAACUGGAAUUUUGAUUUACAAAUUUAUGAUCGAAAAUCAAGCAAAUCCAAUUGUCAUUUACACAGACCAGAAUGCAAUAAGUGUCCAGGACAUAAACUUUCCAUCAGUUUCGUUCUGUCCUGGAAUUCUACUCAAGACGAUGGAAAAACCUUUUGAAUAUCACGAAAUUAAGUUAAUGCUUAAGAAUCAGACAAUGAAUAUUAAAAACUUAUCUUUAAAGGAAUUAAAAAUGAUGCAAGUUGCGAGUCUAGUGGCUAAAGAUCAAUAUAUGUCAACAAACUUUCAAAAUGUAUCGAUCCCUACAAAUGAUUUCAUUGAUAUCCUAGGAAGUUUUGGUACAUUCUUUGGUGAACCUUUGUAUGGCACAAUAUUUCGUCCUUACUUCAUGGCUAAUUGGACUGAUAAAUAUCCGGUAAAUUUUACAAAUACUCUUUGGAAAACUGGAUUUUGUUACACAUUUAAUUUCCCAAACUCGUCACAAAUGUUUCAUUUGAACAGCACGUCAUCUGAUUUUAACUACAUGAACGUAACAAUGCUUGGAACAGAAAGAAGACGUGUAUCAAAUUAUAAACUUGAGAUGUCAUAUCCUAUUAAGGCACAAAAUCCAGGGAAAGGUUUGCAUUUAGGAUUUUCAGAAAUGCAAAAAUAUCAGAUUUAUAAAGUCUAUUCAGAUUAUUUGAAUGAUUCGAUUCCUAACAAAGAUUACGAUGGACUUAAACUUUGGUUCCAUGAUGCAUUUGAAGUUCUUUCGCAUGAUUCUAUUAAUCUUCAAGUUCGCUUACCGUCUUAUUCAAAAAUUACAAUAGUUCCAAAAAUUUUAAAAGUUGAUGAUUCGAUGAUGGAUUUUAAGUUGGAAGAUCGGCAAUGUUAUCUAGAAAAUGAACUUGAACUGAGAUUUUUCAAAGUCUAUAACAGAAUUAAUUGUGAGCACGAAUGUUUGGCUACUCUAACUCUCAAAACGUGUGGUUGUGUUCAAUUUUACAUGGUUAGAGAUCAGGGAACAAGAAUUUGUGGAACCGUCGAUGAAAACUGCUUAAGAAAUGUCGAAGAUGAGUUUAUCAAUGUAAAGUUAACCUGCAUGUGUUAUGAACCUUGCGAGACAGUCAAAUAUGAAGUUAAAAAGACCUACGAUUGGACAAGAAAAUUUUUCUUUUCAAUUAUGGAUGGACGUUCAUAUAACGAAAUAGAAGCGAAAAUUGAACUAGGAGUACAAAGUAUAUUGGCAACAAGAAAACGAAAGGUUUUUACAUCAGUCGACAUUUUUUCAUUGAUUGGUGGAUUUCUAGGACUUUUUGCUGGAUUCUCAUUUCUGUCUGCUGGAGAGAUCAUCCUUCAUUUUAUUAUUUAUCCUUUAGCGUCACUUAAAAGCAGAAGAUCAUCGAAAAUUCGUCCAGUUUUUGAUGAAUUACCAGAAAAAUCAAAGAAUGCAAUUGUGAGCUACCUUUUAAUAUAUCUUGAGGAAUCUUCAAUUCACAGCUUCAAGUAUUUUGGAGAUAUUCAGAAAAAGUUCAUCGAAAGACUAGUUUGGUUUCUUUUCUUUAUCCUAUCAAUGAUACUUGCAUUUCUGAUGGUCCAGAAGGUAUAUGAGAAGUUAAAGGAAAGUGAAAUCUACAUGAGUUUAGAUGGAAAGCCAACAAGUGUAGAAAAUAUUCCUUUUCCAGCUUUUACAUUAAUCCCAGAUAUCAAUGACGGUCAUGGUUUUAGGUAUAUUCCAAUGAUUGAAAAUACUGAAAAGCAUGAUUCACGAUGGAAACGAGAUGAUCAUGAUGAAUACAACUUUUCUGUUAUAAAUCAAGCGUUUGCAGUCAUAUGUAGAACACUCAACAGCGUUGGCUUUUCAAAAGAUCCAUUCAACUUUUCAUCAACAUCAGAUUUUGUGGACAUGCUUCGGAGCAGAACACACAGAGAAAGACCUUGGUUCAUUUAUAGAAAAGCUAAAUGGAAUCGAGAUAUUGAUCCUCCUUUUGCUGAGAUUUUGACUCAUUAUGGAUUUGGAUAUACCUUCAAUUUAGUUGAACAAACAAGACUGAUCAAUGUAAAAAGAACAUCAAGAGACUUUUUCUACACAUACGAUGGCCAUAAUAGCACAAUAUUUCCAUGGAAAGCAAGAGCUGGGUAUAAUUUUGGACUAGAUUUAACUUUCAGAAUAAAUAAAUUAUGGCAAGGAUGUCAUAAUUUUGACUCUUACAUCAUUCAUCCACCUAAUGAGUUGCCAAUUAAUUCACAAAUAGUACGGCAUGAAGAUUUGGUGACUAGUGAUGUUUUUAUCACACCAGAAAUAAUUAAAACUGACGAUGAUCUAAAAAAUUCAUCAACAGCUGUUUGCGAAUACUAUCGUUUUAAUGAUUGUGCUUUAAAAUUUGAAAGUUUCUCAAACUUUCAAAACUACGAUGAUAUUUAUAAAGCCAAAGGAAUCUGCAAUUGCCUUCCCUUGUGCAAUUAUGUAUCGUAUUCAUAUGAAGUGGUCACAAAAGUUUACAAAAAAGUUCAAAAUACCACAAUAUCAUUAUUAUGGAAAGACAAUGAAUAUUAUGCUCAAGUUAGAUAUCAACAGUUCAAAAUUGUCGACUUUCUAUCAUAUGUUGGUGGAAUUUUGGGACUUUUUGCUGGCAUUUCUGUUCUUUCAAUUGUUGAAUUCUUCUAUUUCUUCACAUUAAGAUUAAUGUCUGAUUUGUGUCGAUAUUUGUUGUAA